GGAGAACCCGGGAUUUAGCUAGAACUGACAGGCACGGAGCGGGUGAGGGCUGGGCGAAGGAGACCUCGAGGCCCCGCCGCCCCCGGGCCCCCCGACCAGGCCCCGCCCCGCCUUCCCAGGGUUCCCGCCGGCCAGGCCCCGCCCUCUUUUCCCCGGCCCCGCCCCGUCGCCAUGUUCCCUCGGUGCUGGACGGGAGCAGCUGUAGUCGGACCCGGACAGUGCUGCGGACGUCAGCUGGCCGCUGGGUCCUCGACCCUCUCUCUUUCCUCACUGCACCCGGACGGGCCGGCCCGGAGCUCCCGGGCUUCCUCCGUGUGGCUGCGAGCCACUUCUUCCAUCUAGACUGUGGUACUCUGGAGGCCUGCAGAUAAGUUCCUUUGGUUCUAGAGACGAACUUUUAGUCUACCCUCAUUUCUUACCAUUUCUUGGGCGGCCACUCCAGCACUGGGAGUUCUGUGCAUGUAAAUCCUAAACUCCCUGCACUCCUAUAAUGAGCCUGGCACAGUGGUGAACCGCUUUCCCUGUUGUCCAUGUCCAAGUGGAUCUCCCCGACAGCCCUAGAGGGUUUAGCUGAUUGCUAAAGUCAUGUUUUAGCUUGGGUGAAGAAUAUUGCCUUUGGGCAGUCCUUCUAAACUGGAGUAUAAAAGGCCUUCAUAUUACAUUUUAAGGGUUCCGAAAUCAGAGAUCUUGAGAUUAAAAAUGGCAGGAAAAUCAUCGCUUUUUAAAGUAAUUCUCCUUGGAGAUGGUGGAGUUGGGAAGAGUUCUCUAAUGAACAGAUAUGUGACUAAUAAGUUUGAUGCCCAACUCUUCCAUACAAUAGGUGUGGAAUUUUUAAAUAAAGAUUUGGAGGUGGAUGGACAUUUUGUUACCAUGCAGAUUUGGGACACCGCCGGUCAAGAGCGGUUCAGAAGCCUGAGGACGCCAUUUUACAGAGGUUCUGACUGUUGCCUGCUUACAUUUAGCGUCGAUGAUUCUCAAAGCUUCCAGAAUUUGAGUAACUGGAAGAAAGAAUUCAUAUAUUAUGCGGAUGUGAAAGAGCCCGAAAGUUUUCCUUUUGUGAUUUUGGGUAACAAGGUUGACAUCAGCGAGCGGCAGGUGUCUGCAGAAGAAGCUCAAGCCUGGUGCAGGGACAACGGCGACUAUCCUUACUUUGAAACAAGUGCAAAAGAUGCCACGAAUGUUGCAGCGGCCUUUGAGGAAGCAGUUCGAAGAGUGCUUGCUACCGAGGAUAGGUCAGAUCACUUGAUUCAGACAGACACGGUCAGUCUGCACCGAAAGCCCAAGCCCAGCUCAUCUUGCUGUUGAAGUUCGAGAGGUUGCCCUUGCGAUCUAACCAGGUCACACACAUGCACAGAUAAGCACAGGGUGGAGACAAGAAUUCGUGUUUGCAGCAAUGGAUCGUGUACUCAUAAAAUUAAACUAACCAUAUUGCUGCCUUGUUAGUGGGUGGGAGAAGGGACACAUCCACUCACAGGAGAAUCUCUUUACUCAGUAAUGGCACCUUACCUUUAUAAGUUGUAACGGUUGUCUAAUAAUGUUUAAUUUAAAUAUGUAUGUCACAGAGCUAAUAAAUGAGAUGACCAAGACUUUAUAAUUAAAACAAAACACUUGAGUAUUCUAGAAGUUACUGUUUUUUCCCCGGGAAAAUGGAGAACUACUUUUUCUAUGUGUAUAUUUUUAUGUAAUUAGCACUCUGUUCCUGGUUCAGGGAAAACAUGUCCUAAAGCAAUAAUGUUAGAUAUUAAAGAUUAAAAUCCAGUGCAUUUGCCGUGUA